AUGAACACCGCUGCCGCUACGGGAUGGGCCAGCAAGGCCAACGGAACUCAUCCGAAAUGGUGGAAAGAUAACGGCCUUCGACGAUGCAACUUCUGGAUCGCUAUCUGCUUCUUGUCUGUCUUUUCGGGAGGAUACGAUGGAUCACUGUUGGGAUCACUGCAGGCUAUGCCUCAAUGGAUCGCGUAUUUUGACAACCCUCAGGGAAGUCGUCUCGGACUCAUGGCUUGCGUCCAAUCUAUCGGUUAUAUCCCUGGAGGUCCCGUUUCUGCCAUCCUGGCUGACCGCUUCGGGCGGCGUUGGGCCAUUAUCACUGGCGCCUUGAUCUUAACUUUUGGAUCCUUUCUUCAAGCUUUUGCUACGAAUACAUCGAUGUUCACAGGUUCUAGGUUCUUGAUCGGGUUUGGGGGCGCUGUCUGUGGCCCCGGAGCUGUACUCGCUACCGAAUUGGCCCAUCCGCGACAACGAGGACCCGCAGUAGCCCUGUACAACACUACCUAUUAUAUUGGAUCAACUAUGGCCGCUGUGAUUAGUUUUGCCACCCUUCGGAUCGGUGGCGACUGGUCCUGGCGUCUCCCUUCCCUGCUGCAAUGCGCCGCUGCCGUCGUUCAAGCGUUCGCUCUCGUCUGGGCCCCGGAAUCACCUCGUUUCCUGGUCGCCAAAGGGAAAUCUGAGCAAGCUCACAAAUUGCUCGCCAAAUAUCAUGCCAAUGGCGACAUGGACGAUGAAUUAGUCUUGUUCGAGAUGGAAGAGAUUCGCCUAGCGAUGGAGUUAGAGAAACAAGCUUCGGCUCGAGGUUGGAUGGAAUUGGUCCGAGGCGCUGGCAAUAGGAAGCGGACAGCCAUCUGCACUUUCGUCGGGUGGACAUCUCAGUUCAAUGGUGUCGGCAUCGUCAGUUACUAUUUCGCGCCUGUUCUUCGAACGGUCGGCAUUACGAACAGCACCCAGAUUCUGGCCAUCACCAUCGCUCUGGGAGUGUGGAACUACUUGGCGGCGACCGCAGGUUCGCUCUGCGUGGACAAAGUCGGCCGUCGCAAACUCUGGCUAUUCUCUACCGGGGCCAUGUUCGUCUGCAUGUGCUUGGUAACUGGAUUAUCAGCGGGUUACGAGAAAUCCCCUAACGCCGCUAUAGGGGGCAGCGUCAUCGCUUUCUUGUUCCUCUACUACGGAGCGUAUGACUCUGCGUUCACGGGUCUGACGAUCUCCUACCCUUGUGAGAUCAUGCCCUACUACCUGCGGACGAAGGGCAUCGCCGUCUUGAACAUAAACGUUGGGGUCGCGCUCUGUGUCAAUCAAUACCUCAAUCCUAUUGCGCUCGAAGCCAUCGGAUGGAAGUACUAUCUGGUCGUGAUGGCAUAUUCGUGGUACAGUUCUUUUCUUCGACACGCGCAGUACUUUCCGGAAACGCGCGGAUAUUCUAUCGAGGAAAUCGCUCAGAUCUUCGAUAACAAGUCACCCGGCGCUCAUGAGCUAUCUGAGACUGGAACGACUGUGCAGUACAUCGGCGACGAAGCGAUGGACUCGAAGAAGAUGGACCUGGCGCACAUCGAAGGGCCGGUUUUGGAAUCGGCGCCUCGCAAGCAUUAG